ACUGAGUCCACCUCAACACAACAACCAACAACGAACAACAAAGGCGAUGGCGGACGAGGAGGUGGUAGUGAAACAAGCUGCAGAGCAGCAGCAACAAGGGGAAGAAGAUGAAGUGGAGGAGUUGAAAGGGUUUGACGGCCUGGAUUCCGACGAGGAGCACUUUCAAGAGCAAGAGGAGCCGUUGGAAUCGGAGGCGCCCAUCGACACACGCAUUUUCAAAAUGGGGUGGCUGAAGAAGAAAGGCGGGGGCAAGGUCCAGCGUGGCAGACACCAAGGCAGCCUGUUUGCACGCAAGAACUGGAAGUCGAGGUGGUUUGUAUUGCGGGACACCGUGCUCAAGUACUAUCCUUUCCAAACCAUCACAGGCAAAGAGAAAGCGAUUGGAUGGGUGAACAUUCGGGAGGGCGUCAGCGUGGACUGGGAUGCGGCGGAACCAACCCGGUUUUCGCUGACAACAGACGAGCGCGUGUACUCGUUUGUGGCGCCCACGCCCGAGGCGGCCUCGGAAUGGGUGCAGCAGCUCACCCGCAGCAUCAACCGCGCUGAGCUGGAAACUUAAACACACAGAUGCACAAUUUGCAUUCAGGGACAGGGACAGAGAGCGAGGCAGAGUACAUGUCGGGAGUGUGCGCGUGUGGGAGAAAGAGAGAGGGGGGGAGAGAGGGGGGAGGGGGAGGGGAGAGAGAG